AUGAUUGCAGCCGCCCCUGUUCGCUUUGAGCUCCUGUCUCAACAGAUCCAACGCUGUCUGAAAAACUUCACAGACAAUGCCGUCAAGAUAUCAUCCAACUUGCCAUUGCGGAUGUUCUCGAGAGGCACCGACAAGAACAAUAAUAGCAGAACCAACACAUGGAAGACUUGGAGGCGUCACACCCUCCAAUGGAUAAGCGCUAUCUUGGGGGUUGCGGUCAUCUACCUCGCCAGUGAACUGCUCAUAUGGGGUAUCUUCUUGGUCCUGAGACCCGUCAGGCUUCAAUUUCUCAACUCCAUAUUGGGAAUGAUCAUGGUGUUUGCAUUCAUGGCGGCCGUCUCACACCUCUGCUCUGGGUCCGAUGGCAUUUACAACCGAAACAUCAAGCCCAAGGUCGACUUCAUCAAUCGUAACCUUGGUGUCGGCUUCCCUGUACCCAUUGUAACUAUUAGCAAAGAGCAGCUCCUCGGGGGCCAGGGUAUCGGAAGGGUGGUUGCAAACUUUUUAAACACCAACAUCAUCUUCUGGGCAUUUGUCUUCCUUCUCUCCUGGGGUAUCCUAGCCGGCAUCCUCAAGUUCCCACGCUUCUCCGAAGCCGCCGAGCCCAAACAGCCGUGGCAGCCUGGGGUCACUGACGCUUCUUCGCAGCGAGUUGAAACGCCAUCGCAAACCAUCAACCGCAGAGCCUCGGAUACGACUACCUUGAAUGGGACCAUGAUGACAGGAUACCACACCGAUAAGGAAGCUGGAUCGUGUUCAGAUUCGAGGGCCGCAUCGGCUUACUUCACCGACAGCGAGUGCCCAACCUCCGUUCCGCCGCCAAGUGCCGCAGGCAAACAGCCAGCGCGUACAACGCUUUCAACUUUACAUCAUUCCGAUGACUGUCGGACUGGACAGAACGCGAUGGCAAACUGGUUCAGGGAGUGCUUUCCCAUGGUCCUCGCGAUUCUGUUCUUCAUUGCAAUUGGCAUCCCGAUCUCCCGUAUCACAAAUGACGACCGAGUUCUAGAUGGCUGUAUGCUUUGGUUUCUCUGGAUCAGCAGCACGAGCCUGCAACGGGCCUUCAGUCGAAGUCAUCUCCUCGUCAAUAUACCGGGCUUGAAGACGACUGUAACAACAAUCCUUAAUCCAGUACUUCUGACAACGCUUACCAUGACUGCCUACACCCGUGCCAAAGCAGCGGCACAAGAUGAGGCCAUGGAGCAUACCCUCGCCAUGUUCAGCAGUGGCGCUUCCCUUUCCGACCUAUGGACUUACAAGACCACAGGCUGGAGUCGCAGCAACACUAUGAAAGGUUAUUUCGGCGCAGGCGAUGCAGCACUUUCGGUUCUGGAAUGCGGCAUUGUUGUUUGGGGCUUCAAGCUGUAUGAGUGUCGCCGACAGAUCUGGUCUCGCGCCGGGGCAGUUGUGAUACUCAUCUCGGCAGGCAUGGCAGCGCUCAACGUCUUUGUCUCUGUCUUGCUCGGCAGCGCGGUUGGUCUCGAGGGGCCUGAAGCACUCGCUUUCGCGGGGCGGAGCACGACCCUUGCUCUCGCGCGCCCGGCCAUGGAGGCUCUGGUAGGAAAUCAGGUUGUGAAUGCGACGCUGGUGGUGAGCAACGGCAUUCUGGGGCAGCUGAUGUACCCUUUUCUGCUACCAAGAUUGGGGGUCGAAGGGCCAGACGAUGGCGAGGCCGAAGGUAGGGAGAUAGAGACGGACGAUGCCCUGACGAUUGCGGCGGGUGUGGCGAUUGGAAUCAACGGGGCAGCCAUGGGCGUUUCAUACCUCUAUGAGAGGAAGAGUCGGGCUGCGCCGUAUGCUGUGCUCUCGAUGACUGUAUUUGGGAUAAUGACAGUUGUUUUCACUGCGCUUGAGCCCAUGAGGGGCACUUUGGUGGCGCUGGCGCACUAA